AUGGUUACGCUGGACUUCGGGACACUCACGGUGCCGGUAGGCAUAGUGCGGCUACUGGACCUGAUCCUCACCUGUAUCUCCUUCAGCCUGGUGGCAUCAGUGGGCCACAGUACUAACUCCUUCUGGACGUGGUGCAUGUUCACCUGGUGCUUCUGCUUCUGCGUCACCUUCCUCAUACUCCUCCUUGAAUUCAUGCAUCUAAAUGAAAUGCUGCCCAUCUCCUGGGAUGACUUCACUACGGCUUUCGCCAUGCUGGCUGCUCUAAUGGUGCUAGCAGCAUCCAUCAUCUAUCCCAUCUUCUUCACUUGCGCCACGUGCGGCAGACAGAUUGGUGCCACAGUUACUUCCUGCCUGGCCUUCAUCCUGUAUUCUGUUGAGGUUGGGCUGACCCGGGCCAAACCUGGUGAGAUCAGUGGAUUCCUGUCCACGGUCCCAGGCCUCCUCAAGGUCCUGGAGGCCUAUGUGGCCUGCAUCAUCUUCAUGUGCUUGGAGUACUCUGCGUACUGGGUACAUCCAGGGCUCCAGUGGUGUGUCGCUGUCUACUCCAUCUGCUUCAUUUUUGCUCUGCUUGUUAUCAUUUUUACCAUCUGUCGACUUCUGUCUGUCUUCCCAGCACCAUUUGACAAAGUUCUGAUAUGCUGCAAUGUGCUGGCAGUGUUGAUGUACAUCACAGCUGUGGUCAUCUGGCCAUUAUACAACUUCCAGAACAACAAGACAAGACCCCCCAAUUGCUCAAAUCUGCCUAAAUGUGCAUGGGAUAAUUUAGUGGUUAUCGCUUUCAUGACCUGUUUCAACCUCAUUGCUUAUGUUGUGGAUACCUUUUACUCAUUUAGGCUGGUGUUCUUCGUCAGUAGAACAUAGUUUGCAGUGUUUCAGUUGUUGGCGGUCUCUGAAGACCUCAAAGAUUGAACAUCAGUAUUUUAUUUGAAUGCAGUUUUCAUCAUGGUCCCAAAAUUCUGGUUUACUGACAGUUUUUGAUAACAUGACAUAACACUGGGUGUUUCUAAUUUUUGGAUUCAGCAAGAUGUAAUUCCAAUUUCCCAUUCGUUUUUCUUCUUCUGUA